AUGUCUCAACUCUUCCGACGGCCCUCAUCCAAGGCCGCCGCGGCCGUGGCAGCCGACCCCGACCCGGACCCCAACUCGGCCUACUCGUCGCUCCUCGACCCGGUCUCGUCGAUCCGCGGCGCCCCUCACCAGCACCGGCGGACCAAGUCGUCGCCCACGGCGGCCGGGGUCCACGACCAGCCCAGGCCGUGGCUGAGCACCCGCCCGUCGGCGCCGGCGGAGCGGCCGCCCGUGCGGAAGCUGGUCAAGGAGCCCGGGCCCGGGUCCGCGCGGCCGAGCUUCUCGCUCGAGCUGUCGUCGGAGACCGACGGUGCCGGGAAGGAGAAGGGUUUCGUCCGCAGGGGGAUCGAGAGGUUGAAGGAGAUUUAUCGCGGGGGCGAUAGGUCGUGA